AUGAAUCUUUGGCCCAAUCAUAGCGACAAAUCAGCUGCUCCAAAACAUGCCAACAGUCGCAGUAGCCAGGACAUAAGGAGAUUUGCCCUUACGUGGGACAAUCCUCACACCAAGUUCCUCACACCAAUGCGGUCCGCAUCCUCUGAGGGCGAACUGCUCGAGUUUGUGGAGUACGAAAUUCAGUUUCGCAAUAGCAAGAUUAAUUGCCCAUACGCCAGCGUGGAAGCUCUCCUAAUCGCGUGGUUGCCGCACAUGCGACACGAAAUUGUUAUAGGCGCACGAGUGGUGAAGUUUUCAUCGCCCCAGCUGAAUGAAUGUACGAAGUUCAAGAUCAUUGCUGUUUAUAUAGUAAUUUUUAGGGUCAUGCUGGUACACCCCCAAGCGACCGCGAUAGAGAAGCUGGCCCGUUCCACUACUCAACACACGGUCGGAAAGAUAGAGGUCAUGUAG